GGUAUAGCUUAGUGUUAUGGGUGAGACAAAAGAAGCUAAAAUGCAGAUAGCACCAGAAACUCCAGGACGAGUCACAGUGCUGAAUCCUUUUGAAAGUCCCAAUGAUUAUUAUACUCUUCAGGAGCAGAUUGUCUCCAGUCCUUCGGUCUUUAAAUCAACAAAAUCCUCAUCUACACCAGGAAAAUUUAGAUGGUCUAUUGAUCAGCUUGCUCUAAUAAAUCCUGUGGAAAUUGACUCAGAAGAUGUUCGACGCCAAGCAAUGUAUUUGAGUCAUGCUAGAAUUGAUAAGGAGACAGAAGACAGAAGGCAAAAAGCCAUUGAGGAGUUUUUCACAAAAACACUCAUAGUACCUUCUCCUUGGACUGAACAUGAAGGCAAGCAAGUUUCUCAGCUUAAUUCAACUAAAUCCAUAGAUCUAAAUAACAUUUCUCCAAUUGGAAGACAGCUAACUUUGCAGCCUGGGAAAAGCAAUGCUGCUUGUCAGACAGUACUGUCUUUGCCAGUGGAUUUUAAUUUAGAGAAAAUACUAGGUGAAUAUUUUAGAACUGAUGAAUUUGCAGAUCAGUCUCAGGAAAAUCUGAGCUCUUCAUCACUCAGAAGAAAGCUGUUUUUAGAAGAAAAUGGAAGUGUAUCUGAGUGUUUGUCCACUUCUCUGCAUAGUCCACUCGGUAGUCAGCCACUUGGAGUGCUGUGUUCAAUAGACAUAUCUCCAGUCCGGUGCAGAAGCCCUCUGGAAACAUCUAGCUCAGGUCAGUUUUCGUCAAGUCCUAUUCAGGGAGGAGCGAGGGCUUAUAGCCUGGGAAGUAUAACCAGUCCCACGUUUCCAGAGGAGUCUCCUGCACAUAAUGGUUCUCCUACUUUUUCACCAAUUGCUUUUCACAUAAGAAAGACACCACUGUCAGACCAAAGAAAACUUACAUUUCGUUCUCCAGAUAUUCCUUCUUCCUCAAAUAGAAUGACACCCCCAAGUACAAGAAGUCCUUAUAUAGAUGGUUGUUCUCCAAUUAAAAAUUGUUCUCCUAUGAGGCUUGGAGCAUGUAGAGGAACUGCCCAGUAUCAGACUUCUGUCAUUAGAAUACCGAUUACGGUUGAGAAUCACAGUGAGGAUGAGGAAGACAAGGAAAAUGCUGCUCCAGCAGAAGCUCUGUUCCAAGAAAUGGAUAAUGGAAUAAACUUGUGUCAGCAAGACAGUGAUACUUUUGCACAUGGUGCACAUCUUGUGGUAGCAACUGUGUCUAUUGCACCUGAUCGCUCAGAAGCUUGUCAUCAAAGGCUGUCAGCAUUUCAGGAUAUAGAAGGCUCAAAGGAAAAUAAUACUGUAGAUAUGGCUGAUGCAGCUGAAGUGUCAGAGGAAAACACUUGGAUAAAAGAAACAAUUGGCAAUAGCAACGCACCGAUGACCAGCUUUGUGACAGGAAUUACUUUCAGUAUUGAAAACUCUCGCAUGUGCAUGUCACCUCUUGCAGAAAGCAGUGCAAUUCCUUGUGACAACAGUAGUAUUCAGGUCGACAGUGGUUAUAAUACACAGACUUGUGGAAGCAGCAUUAUGGAUACUGCGGGGACUGAAAACAGUUGCAGAGAAAAUGAUGUGAAUACUAAUGUGUUUCAGAAUAAAUCUCAGCUGUUUAGAACAAAG